AUGAGUGAAGAACCAAAAGCACCUAGAAGAAGAUUUGUUGGUGCUAAAAAGCCUACAGUAGUAGAUGAUGAAUCUCAGAGCAAUAGUGAUGGAACAUCAGUUGUUCAUAAACCAAGAGGGAAAGUGAAUAUUAGAAGAGCAGUCAAUCAUAUACCUGAGGAAAUUCUCAAUGAUGAAGAUUUAAAUGAGGCUAUAAAACUUUUACCUUCGAAUUAUAAUUUUGAAAUCCAUAAAACAGUUUGGAAUAUUAAAAAAUCUAAUGCAAAGAGAGUUGCUUUACAAAUGCCAGAAGGUUUACUAAUAUACUCUUUGAUCAUUAGUGAUAUAUUAGAGCAGUUUUGUGCUUGUGAAACAGUGGUAAUGGGUGAUGUAUCAUAUGGUGCAUGUUGUAUUGAUGAUUUCACUGCAAGAGCACUUGAGUGUGACUUUAUUGUUCAUUAUGCUCAUUCCUGUUUAGUUCCAAUCGAUGUUACCAGCAUAAAAGUAUUAUAUGUUUUUGUUACAAUCAAUAUUGAUGAGGUCCAUAUUAUGAAAACUUUGCAAAGAAACUUUAAAACAGGUUCUAGAAUUGCUGUGUUUAGUACCAUUCAAUUCAAUCCAACUGUGCACAGUAUAAAAGAUAAAUUAUUAAAUGAUGAUAGUCAUAUGUUGUAUAUAAUACCUCCUCAAAUUAAGCCUUUAUCUAGAGGUGAAGUAUUAGGUUGUACCUCCCAAAGGUUAGAUAAAUCCCAAAUUGAUUAUAUGGUUUACAUUGGUGAUGGAAGAUUCCAUUUGGAAUCAUCAAUGAUCCAUAACCCAGAAAUACCAGCAUUUAGAUAUGAUCCAUAUAGUAGAAAAUUCACAAGUGAAGGGUAUGAUCAAAAUCAACUAGUUGAGGUUAGAACGGAUGCCAUUGAAACAGCAAAGAAUGGUAAAACAUUUGGAUUAAUAUUAGGUGCAUUAGGGAGACAAGGUAAUUUGAAAACUGUUGAAAAUUUGGAAAGUAAAUUGUUAGCCGUUGGUAAGAAAGUUAUAAAGAUUAUUUUAAGUGAGAUUUUUCCUCAAAAAUUAUCAAUGUUUGACGAAAUCGAUGUUUUUGUCCAAGUCGCUUGUCCAAGGUUGUCUAUUGAUUGGGGAUAUGCCUUCAAUAAGCCACUUUUAACACCCUAUGAAGCUAAUGUUUUACUGGGUAAAGAUAUCAUGUUCACAGAUAAAUAUUAUCCAAUGGACUAUUAUGAACAAGAGGGUUAUGGUCGUGGUAAAAUUCCUUCUCAUGCAUUGGAAUAA